UUCCUCACACCGUCUGCCAAAGCUUUCACUGUAACGGAUUCUCUCUCUCAGUCUCUCACUACCUGUAGAUACACACACACACCCCUUUCUUUAUAGCGAAGACACGCAUAUUGAUACGCAUAACGGAAUAGAACCGCACCAACGCCAUAGUCUAUACCAUCACACUCACAAAAGCUCUGCCGAUACAGAUAUCCAUAAUAAAGCUAACCUACUACUUUUUGUUCCAUCUUUUUCACUUUCUUCUCGAGGACUCAUUCGUCUAUGCCCUAUCACGAAAAGGCACUGCAACCGAACGAGAGCAUUCCUUUCCUGCUGCUAUCGUGGAGCCUGACGUCAACACUCCUCCAAUUUCCAGGGCAAUUUCUUUGCGCCGUACUUGAGCUGUAUUAAAGCCCAUUUUGGAGGUCUUAUUCCGAACUGCCUAUAUGCCUGGGAACAAGUAUAACGACAAUUCACAAGUUCCCAGUGAUAGAGUGGGGAGGCUCUUGAGAGAAAGAGGGCUAAGAAGAAGCGGCAGAAUCCCUUUUCUGGCUGACGAUGGUGAUGGCAACAGAGAGCUUGAGAUCUCUGAGCAUGAUUUCUCAGGGUCUUCCUAUGUAGAACAGAACUUGGAAGGAGCUGCACUAGCACUUAGUGAAGGGAGCGAAAGCCCUGAGGAAAGGCCUAUUAGCCAAAGAUUGUUAGUAGUUGCUAAUAGGCUUCCUGUAUCUGCAGUGAGGAGAGGUGAAGAUUCCUGGUCGCUUGAGAUAAGUGCAGGGGGUCUAGUAAGCGCUCUUCUGGGUGUAAAGGAAUUUGAGGCACGAUGGAUUGGUUGGGCAGGCGUAAACGUGCCGGACGAGGUUGGGCGAAAGGCACUUACAGAAGCUCUAGCUGAGAAGAGGUGCAUUCCCGUUUUCCUGGAUGAAGAGACUGUUCAUCAAUAUUACAAUGGCUAUUGCAACAACAUCUUAUGGCCUCUCUUCCACUAUCUUGGACUUCCACAAGAAGACCGCCUUGCCACUACCAGGAGUUUUCAGUCUCAGUUUGCAGCGUACAAGAAGGCAAAUCAAAUGUUUGCUGAUGUCGUUCUCGAACACUAUGAAGAGGGUGAUGUUGUUUGGUGUCACGACUACCAUCUCAUGUUUCUACCAAAAUGUCUAAAGGAAUAUAACAGUGAGAUGAAAGUUGGGUGGUUUCUACAUACCCCCUUCCCAUCUUCUGAAAUCCACCGGACUCUGCCAUCUCGAUCAGAACUGCUACGUGCUGUUCUAGCUGCUGAUUUGGUUGGUUUCCACACCUAUGAUUAUGCAAGACACUUUGUCAGUGCUUGUACUCGUAUUCUCGGACUUGAAGGUACUCCUGAAGGAGUCGAGGAUCAAGGGAGACUAACUCGUGUGGCUGCGUUCCCAAUUGGAAUUGAUUCAGGAAGGUUCAUCCGUGCUCUUGCGAUUCCUGAAGUCCAGGAAAACAUUAAAGAACUAAAAGCACGAUUUGCUGGAAGAAAGGUAAUGCUUGGUGUGGAUCGCCUUGAUAUGAUCAAAGGAAUCCCUCAGAAGAUACUGGCAUUUGAAAAGUUUCUCGAGGAAAACCCGGACUGGCGUGAUAAGGUGGUUUUGCUGCAAAUUGCAGUGCCAACAAGAACAGACGUUCCUGAAUAUCAAAAACUCACAAGCCAGGUUCAUGAAAUUGUUGGGCGGAUCAAUGGCAGAUUUGGAACUUUGACUGCUGUUCCAAUUCAUCAUCUGGAUCGUUCUCUGGACUUCCAUGGCUUGUGUGCAUUGUAUGCUAUCACUGAUGUAGCACUUGUCACUUCCCUGCGGGAUGGAAUGAAUCUAGUCAGCUACGAAUACGUGGCAUGUCAAGAUUCCAAAAAAGGGGUUCUCAUCCUCAGUGAAUUUGCUGGAGCCGCACAGUCUCUUGGUGCUGGAGCAAUUCUUGUAAAUCCUUGGAACAUCACAGAAGUUGCUGCCGCAAUAGGCCAAGCUUUGAAAAUGCCUCCCGAAGAAAGAGAAAAACGCCACCUGCAUAACUUUCAGCAUGUGACAACUCAUACUGCUCAACAGUGGGCUGAAUUCUUCGUAAGCGAAAUGAACGAUACUGUUAUUGAAGCUCAGCAGAGAAUAAGAAAAGUUCCACCCCAACUUGUUAUCGGUGAUGCAGUCAAGAGUUACUUGCAGUCUCAGAACCGGCUACUUAUACUGGGUUUUAAUGCUACAUUAACCGAAGCAGUUGAUUCUCCUGGAAGAAGGGGUGGAGAUCAGAUAAAAGAAAUGGAACUCAAAUUGCAUCCUGAUGUGAAAGGACCUCUAACAAUGCUUUGUAGUGAUCCAACUACAACAAUUGUGGUCCUGAGUGGCAGUGUCAGAAGCGUCCUGGAUGAUAAUUUCGGGGAGUUUGAUAUGUGGUUGGCAGCUGAGAACGGGAUGUUUCUACGAUCUACAAAAGGAGAAUGGAUGACGACAAUGCCAGAACACUUAAAUAUGGAUUGGGUCGACAGUGUAAAGCAUGUUCUUGAGUAUUUCACUGAGAGAACUCCAAGAUCGCAUUUUGAGCUACGUGAAACUUCACUGGUGUGGAACUACAAAUAUGCAGAUGUUGAAUUUGGAAGGUUGCAAGCUAGAGACAUGCUGCAACAUCUCUGGACUGGUCCAAUAUCUAACUCAUCUGUUGAUAUUGUCCAAGGAAGCCGCUCGGUUGAGGUGCGAGCAGUUGGUGUCACGAAGGGGGCAGCUAUUGACCGUAUACUCGGAGAGAUUGUUCAUAGUAAAUCCAUCUGUAGUCCAAUAGAUUAUGUCUUGUGCAUAGGGCAUUUCUUACCGAAGGAUGAGGAUGUGUUCACAUUUUUCGAACCAGAGCUUCCCCCUGAUCCAAUUGGUGCAUCAAGAUCCAAAGCAACCGAUUCAAGUAAGCAAGUAAGCGACAAAAGGGCUGCUGCAAGGACACCUGGGCAAAGCAGCUCCAAGUCUCAGAGUAAGCAGCAUGGGCCAAAUGCAGAUAAGAAAUCAACAGGCAGCACCUCUGGGAGCAGCAAACAACCUUCACCAGAAAGUUAUUCUUGGAAUGUGCUCGAGUUGAAAAAGGAGAACUAUUUUUCGUGUACUGUUGGCCGAACUCGCACAAGUGCUAGAUAUCUGCUUAACUCCUCAGAUGAUGUUGUUGCCUUUCUGACGGCGAUGGCAGCAGCAUCAGCCUACAGCUUUUCUGAUUUGAGUUCGUGAUGUUUAGUUACUGAGGUUGGGUGACCCUAGCUCUAGAGUAGUCUUAAGCCCUCUUAGUUCCUAACUUUGCUGCUAAUAACAAUGGGAACAUCUAGCCUUUCAAAUUUUGCAAUAUACGUGUAAUUUUUCAAUUUCUUCUCUCUCUCUCUCUCUCAAACACCCACACAAAUAAGGUUAGCGCAUAUCUGUGGAAGAUUAGUUGGAUUUGCAAUGAUUAAGAAUCCUGACAUUGAAGGUUUUCUAAAUUGUGAUUUGCUUGUGAAAAAGCCUUACGGGCAAUUUAAAGAGAAAUGGAAUUAGGAUGAUCUCAGCGGAACUUGGAACGUUACAGUUCUUGGUCAUAUAUGAGAUCUAUUUCAGUGGCCAUAUUAGACAGCAAACUUGUCUUCAGGUGUAGCAGGUCCGGAGACUGUCUGAGCAUCCAUCCAUGGCAACAAUGGAAAAAAUGUGCGAAAAUCAAGUACAGGUUUGCUGCUUGUUGAAGUGACGAAAAUUCUACAUGAGUUGGGGAGAGAAGAUUUUAUGGAAAUCCCAAACAGAGAACAGUAUGGUUGAAAAGCCAUUUGGUCUUUUUGCAAAUUUAGACUUUGUUAUACAUGAAACAGUCUAGUGUUGGUUGUAGAAAUUUUCACUAGUAACUCUACUAUCGACUGUAAAUGAUAAUGUUACACGAAAUUUGCUGCUUCAGGAAACUACGAUGAGAAAGACGAGUUGGUUUUUGAUGAAAUAGUAGUAGCCAAAAUAACUCAUCAUCUUUUCCUCAGUCCAGGUAAAUAGUUCUAUCUAUUAUUACAAAUAUAUUCAGAGGUAAACGAUAUUAAAAAAUGAUAUGAUAAGAAGUUACAAAGAAAGUUGUUUGACUUUUACAUCAUGGCAAACAAAGUUACAAUUUGGGGUCACGGAAUACAGUUAUCCUCAGAGUUGACUUUGAACAGUUAUAUGAGUUCUGCCUAAAUUGACACACUUCAUUUAGACAUUAGAACAAGAAUUUCCAAAGAGAUGGACAGGUAAAGUUGCAUUUCCUGACUAAGAAAUUAAAUUAGACCGAAAACUUAUGACCAAGAAAAAUCCCAGAUGGAAAUUCUUCACAAAAAUACACCAAAUGGAAAAGGGCAAAAGUUGCACUCUUAUGUAAAGGAGUAUCAAUAGUUUAAAAAAUGUUACAGCCAGCACACUUGCAGAAGACAAGAAUGAGCAACUUACACCAAAAACUGCUUGUAAAUUAACACAUUCUACCGGAACCAAUUCCACCAUUGUAGAUUCUAAAAAGUAAAGAGAGUAGCAAAAUAUUAGCUGAGGCUAGUAAACUAACAUAUAAAUGUAACCAACGGCAUAUCAACUCAGAAAAUACCAAAUCAGCCCACAUGUUGACAUUCUUCAACACUUAUGCAACAGGGGUUUU